AUGGACAAAACUCGGUCUCGGAAGAAAAAGCGCCAGCAGGAAGAUCGAGAUCACGAGGCGAUAAAGGAACUCUACCGUGCGAAUGACACGCGAAAGUUCUACAAGAAGCUGAACAGUUCCCGCAAAGGCGACAAGCAAAAAGCUCACAUGUGUAGGGACCUAGACCUUCUCACGACCAAGUCCGAAUAUCUGCAGGACGAUCCGAAUCUGACGGAAUGUAUAAAACAAUCAAUCGAGACACUGAGGCCUUAUUUGGUCCGCGGCAUACCAGAGCUGGACAUUCCAGCCAUCGUGGCGGAAAGUAUACCCGGCCGGGGCAUCAGCGUCACCAUCAGGGACAUCGAGGCCUACGGUCCCGGAAACUUCCGACUGACGAAACUAAAUGUUGAGGAGUACGGAAAAGUGUACAGUGUUUAACUGGAACUACCGCACCAAUAUGCGGAAGGUCAUUACUUGGUAGAUGGAGAGAUUCUGCAGUUUUCGUUACAGGGUGAUGGAAAAUUCACCGGAAAUUUCAAUAUGUUUUGCAUUACACAUAGCGUAGGCAGCGUCCGGAUCAUACUCGAUCGCAAGGUUAUCAACGGUGAAAACCAUCCUACGGUGGCCGAAUUAGAUAUUAAAAUUAGGGUUGGCGAUGGAAAAAUCAAACUGGAAAAUCUUUUCGGGGUGAUAAGAUGCUAGGUUUAAGGUGAUUUCAUCAACCGAACCACCAUUAAAAAUUUCUCGUUGCUGAGCCUAGUGUUGAUUCUGCUUAUUGAGGAGGCAUUUCAGCGGAUAUUCAAACAAACGGGAAAUAAAAUAGUGGAGCGAUUCCCGGAGGAAGUUUUAUUUCCCUGA